UUACAAGUACAUGCACUGUUUGAGCAUGUACUUGUGAUAUAAACUCCAAACUCCAAACUCCAAAGGGUGCGGCUGAAAAGGUAGAAUCCGAGGCAAUUAAAAUCCAAUCCAGGAAGGAGAUAGUAUAGCUUUUGAGGUGUGGCUGUUAUAUUAUAUAGCUGGAAAAACACUCUGGCUUUUGUAGUAUUAUGCAACUUGGUUUUGAUAAAGGGAUCAUCUGGGAGCGUCAGAGAGAGACAGAGAGAGACAGAGAGAGAGUGAAAGUGAGGAGUGAGAAAUUGUGAGAUAGCUAGAGAGAGAGGUGAAAUUAAAAACCCAAAUGCCGCAGGAGGAGUCAAAGAAGAAGGAGCGCCACAUCGUUACUUGGUCUCAAGAGGAAGAUGAUAUUCUGAGGAAUCAAAUUAGCAUCCAUGGAACAGAAAAUUGGGCUAUCAUUGCAUCUAAAUUCAAGGAUAAAACAACCAGACAGUGCAGGAGAAGAUGGUACACAUACUUGAAUUCCGACUUCAAGAAAGGAGGGUGGUCACCAGAGGAAGACAUGCUCUUGUGCGAGGCUCAAAAGAUAUUCGGAAACAGAUGGACAGAAAUAGCGAAGGUGGUUUCGGGAAGAACUGACAAUGCCGUGAAAAACCGGUUUUCCACCUUGUGCAAGAAGAGAGCAAAAUAUGAAGCCUUAGCUAAAGAGAAUGCCGCUUCAUAUAUCAAUCAGAAUGACAAAAGGGUAAUAAUCCGAAAUGGAUUCAAUACAGAUGGAACAGCAGAAACUACAGCACCUUCUAAGAAGAUGAGGAGAAGCCACAUUCCUAGUCUCUCCGAGGGGGACAGACUACUCGAGCAGUGUGGAAAGAUGAGUCAGCAGCUAAGAGCUCCAUUUGCAGUGUUGAUUCAGAAUGUCCACAAUGUAGAGAAUCUGCCAGACCAGAAUAAUGUGAAUAGCACCAAGGAAGUCCACGUGAAUGCGGUACAAAAGAGCAAGUUUCAAGGAUCAUUUCUCAAGAAGGAUGACCCGAAGAUAAUUGCUUUGAUGCAACAAGCAGAAUUGCUCAGCUCGCUGGCAUUAAAAGUUAAUGCAGAGAACACAGACCAGAGUCUUGAAAAUGCUUGGAAGGUGCUCCAAGAUUUCUUGAAUCAAAGCAAAGAUGGUGACAUCCUCAGUUAUGGAAUUAAUGAUUUUGAUUUUCAACUCGAAGAUCUUAAAUAUCUGUUAGAGGACUUAAUGAGCACCACUGAAGGAAGCCGACCAUCUUGGCAACAUUGCAGGCAGCCUGAUUUAUACAACGAGUCUCCAGGAAGUUCCGAAUACAGUACAGGGUCAACUCUUCUGUCCCAAACAGAAUACUAUCAAGUGGAACAAAAUAAAGUUGAAAUAGGUUCACUGAACCAGGAGAUUCAACCAGGGUCACAGUCAAUUCCUAUUGAAGGGAAAAAUGGUGUUGGUGAUUGUGAGAAAGGGAAUUUUUCCAAAAAGCAAGAGAUAUUUCCGUCAUGUGAUGAAGCAACAAAAGACUACGCAGUUGUUUCUGUAUUGUCAAGUACAGAGUUCAAUUCUCCUAUUAAAGUUACCCCAUUGUUCAGAUCCUUGGCAGCAGGAAUUCCUAGCCCAAAAUUUUCUGAAAGUGAAAGGAAUUUCUUGCUCAAAACGCUUGGAGAGGACUCCCCCUGCCCCAACCCAAGCACCAAUCCUUCACAACCGCCACCCUGCAAACGAUCCCUCCUCCAAAGUCUAUAACCAACCUUUUUGAUCCACCACCUCAUCUCUAGUAAUUUUACAUGGCCUACUGAGUUCGUGUCCGUUUUGCAUUCCUCUUUUCUGAGAAUUGCAGCCAUUCCAGCCUAAAAUUUUACAAAUGGGCAGGUAAGGAUCUGCUUCCCAAAACCCAGAUCUAGAAUGCAAUGGUGCAUUUUAGCAUUUGCAAAUGUAUCUAACACAGUUUUCUGCAUUCUUUUGUCCUAAGCAGAGUUUCCUCCUUCAGAGUUCCCCAUCGGUAUUCGCUUUUCGUGUGUUUGGCGUGUCAUUCUUUAGUUAGUCUCUUGUCAUCCGAUAUGUUUUCCGAGUGUUCCAUUUUUUGGCCUUGAUUUUUACAGUUGUACAGAACUUGCUGUAUCCCUAGUUCCAGAGUGUGAGACUAAUGUAAGCAUACAUAGGCAGCUCGCCGAUAUUUUCCGCUAGAGUAUAUGAUCAAAACAAAACAGAGAGAAAGAGAAGAAAAAGAAAGAAACAAAAGGAGAGAGGAUUAACCAGUUCAAAUGGAUUCCUGUUUAUCGUUUUUCCGGUGUGGAAAACGGGUAUAGAAUAAAUUUAUAUUUUUUUUCUUCUUUGGUUUGAUUUCCCCCAUGAUUUCUGAUGUAACUAAACUUUAUGUAAUUUGAGUGAAAAUAGUUUUGGUUUUGGCGUGCA